AUCUCGGAAUCCAUUCCGACUUUGUUCCAUGAUAGGUACCCGGGUCGCGUUACGUCCAGUUACGUCGUUAUAAGUUGUCAGCAGUUGUCAGUCGUUCGUGAGUAAUCGUGAGUGAUCGGGAGUAUUUCCGCGAGAUAUGUACCGUUAAAUCACGUUAAACCAGGAACGAAGUACACGCAUCUUUAUUCUUUUCGUGCAAGGGGAAUCGUACGGCAUUUAUUGCGCGCGUGAAUUGUACACAGAUGUCUAUUGUUUGAGCGCGAGGCAAUGAUUCUAUGAGAGACCAAGCCUAAUAGAUAUCCCUCGAUCUACUAUUCUACUGAUUCAAGCAGUUUGUGAAUUACCCGAAGAGAUUUGCUGAAUAGCAAUUAUGUGGAAACCCUUCGAACCUGGCAGUUCGCCCGUAGAUUGGUGCGAGCGCAACUACAACAUCUCUCCUAGCAUCGCCGAGUUUAUGAACACGUUGAGUAAUGUGGUCUUCGUGUUGCUUCCACCCGUGCUCAUGCACCUAUUUAGAGAUUAUGCACGCUUUGUGAAUCCAGGAAUUCAUGUAUUUUGGUUUUUAUUGAUGGUAGUCGGACUUUCUAGUGCGUAUUUUCAUGCUACUUUAUCCUUGAUAGGUCAACUAUUAGAUGAAUUGUCUAUUUUGUGGGUGUAUAUGGCAGGCUUCUGUAUGUUCUUUCCCAGAAGAUAUUUCCCCAAUGUCGUACAUAAUGACAGAAAGCUCUUCUCUAUAUGCGCAACGUUGCCCACUCUAAUCGCUACCGGCUUGGCCUUGAUACAUCCGGCUGUAAAUGCUUUCGCAUUGAUGAGCCUGGGCGUACCGGCGAUUGGAUUCUUGAUCAUGGAGCUGAAAAGGACUACCUCGGUAAGAGUGUACAGACUAGGGUUGCGAUGCGGCAUCAUGUGGAUACUAGCAGUGGUCUGUUGGCUAAACGAUCGUCUGUUCUGCGAUACCUGGCUGAAUUUAAACUUCCCGUAUCUCCAUGCAUUGUGGCAUUUGUUUAUCUUCAUCGCGAGUUAUACUGCGGCGGUGCUCUUUGCGUACUUCGCCGUGCAAGAUGAGAAGCCGCAGCAAUCUCCGGUGCUCAAGUAUUGGCCCAGAGACAACUUUGAACUCGGUAUACCGUACGUGACUAUUCGAAGUUAUGUGAAGUCGAGUUACAAUAUGAAUAUAUAGCUCUCGUAAUAAUUUCGAGAGCAUUAAUACUGUAAUGCAUUAUUAUUUAUUACGCGAUAGUAUACUUGGUACAGCUAUAGCAAUAUUUAGCGUUUAAAUGCGCAGAUGUUCGAUGUGAUGUCCUGUGAUUCAUGUAAACAUUAAUUUUAUCAUACUUUAU